GCAAUACUUUUAAAGCUGCGCGAUUUCUCGCGGAGCGACUCGAAGAGUUCGGAAUUGAGAUGUUCCAAUUCUUCGCGAUAUAUAAUUUCCUUUAUUUCUUAAAUAAUAUAUGAAUAUUUAUUACGAUAAAUAAAAAUGUUUCUUUAAAACGUUAAUAUCAUAGUGACAAAGAAUUAGGCUCGUUCAAAUAGGAUUAUACAAACUUAUAAAUACUUUAAUUACAUCAUUCGUAGCAGUCGUAUGUUUGUUAAUGACAUUGAAACGAAACUUUAAGGAGAAGAAAAAUGGGUAAUGUUAUGAAUUUUGCUGUGUCGGCAGCCGAUGAAAUUAUACCGAAGCAACCGCAAAUUCAAAAAGUUCAGCAUCAUGAAAAACACAAACCAGAAGGAGAGCCUCCUCCGGAAUGCCCUAUGCAUAAGUCGUCGACAAAAGAACCUACUAAAUCUGCUAGCGAAUGUCCAGUCAAUGACAUGUCCAAAGAUGAAAUUAAUCCCCUUAACAUGAUGCCAGCAGCUAAUCAACAACCUGCACCAGAUCAACCGUUCCCAUUACCUACUGAGAGACAAGUUUCUUCCAUACCAAAAGCAACGGAGGAAGGUGAAUUUUGGGUAUAUCCGUCUCAGCAAAUGUUUUGGAAUGCCAUGCUUAGAAAAGGAUGGCGUUGGAAAAAUGACGAUAUAUCUCCUAAAGACAUGGAUGAUAUAAUAAAAAUUCACAAUGCCAACAACGAACAAGCUUGGAAAGAAGUUCUGAAAUGGGAAGCGCUCCAUGCAAGGGAAUGCGAUAGUCCGAAACUGCGUAGCUUCGGUGGUAAAGCCACGAAAUAUUCGCCGCGUGCACGGAUUCGAUAUUGGAUGGGAUACGAAUUGCCAUUCGAUCGACAUGAUUGGAUCGUAGACAGAUGCGGUAAAAAUGUGCGAUAUAUAAUAGAUUAUUACGACGGUGGACAAGUGGACGAAAAGUAUACGUUCGCUUUAUUAGAUGUUAGACCAGCUAUGGAUUCUUUAGAAAAUAUUUGGGAUCGCAUGCGGGUGGCAUGGAUGCGUUGGAAAUACUGUAACGAGUCACAGGAAUCAGAGUGUGCGUCGAAAGCCGAAUGAAAAAGAAGAUUAGAAAAGAUUAAAUAGAACCGAGUUUCGCAAUCACAUGCUCGUUUUGUAAGUUGCGCGUUUACUAUUCUAAUUAUAGAAUCAAAGUCGCUUAUUAAACAAACGAGGAUGUGAAUAAACGAAAAAUUUUGAAAAUUUUCUUUUCUUUUUACAGGUAUAAUUUAAAAACUCGUUUCUUAUCUAUCAUUUAUCGCUUUAUCGACAGCGCUAAAAUCCGUUCAUUCGUUUAAAAUUUCUUUAAAAACGCUGUGUACGUCGAACGAAACUGUGUUCUGAAAGUACAAAGAAAUUAUAACGAACCAAAGCUCGCUUCUCGCGUAACAACGAUACGUUGAAACGCGAGAAUACUGCCUGAAAUUCAAAGGUCGAAACAUAAAAAAUUUCCAAAAUAAUUUAUGUUAAAAACAAAUAUAUUUUCCAAUCGCUAUUUAAAAGUUUGAACAUCUUAAAUGACAGUAAAUACAUGAUACAAUAUUCUACGUUUAAUAAUUAUCUGUUAAGUUAUGGCCGAAUACGUAUAUCCCGUAUAAAUAUGUAUAUAUUGCAUUAUUAUACAGUAUGUAAUUAACGCAUUGUCGACUGUUACAAAAAUGUUUAAUAUGUAUAUAACGUUAGGUAUUAAAUCGAGAUUUCGAUAAUAAUAUUGUGUUAUUAUGGAAUUACAUCGGUUACAGAGUA